GGGGCAUAGGGCUUCAGUAGCUGUUACUGACAGCUGAUACCCAAGAUCAACUGGACAUGCGUAUUAUGCGGGAAAGUCAAACGAGGAUCUGCUUUGGCUUCUUUUCUUUUAGCGGCUGCGCGGGCCUUUCUGGCUUCUCAGUGCAAAGGUUUUUGCACCAGAGAAGACAGCUCACAGAAAGAAAUCCGGAAACGAAGCGUGAAAGAGAACGCGACCAACCAGACAACCCACCCCAAGCCACGAACAGUAGAUUUCCAGAAGCCGGAAGCGACUGCGCACGCGCAUUGGCGCUUCCGGCAGGAAGGAUUUGAAAGGGUGAAGGGCGACGAUCACACGCCCCCCUGUGGUGCGGCGGUGGCAAAACAGCAAAAAGGCAAGAGAAGGUGAUACCGGUCAGUCCACAUUCGUGCGUUUUCCCGUGGCCGCGCAUGAAAAAAAGAUGAACUGGAGAGUGAUGCUAACACUGGAGAACUUGGCUUAUUUGCAUCGGGCUUGCAAACAGUUGCAUUCUCUGUCUUAUGGGAAAGUUUACAGAACACAGUGGAAGUCUGUACUAUCAUCUGCCUACCCUGUGUGCGCAGUUCAGCUGUACCCUCAGCUCUGGCACCCAGACAUCAACUCACAAGUCAGGCUUUUAACUACCAAGGAGAGAAAGAAAUCUGGCAAAGAGAAACUUCGACAGAUAAAACCACAAGCGGAGAAGCAGGAGGUUGAGAUAAUGACUGAGAUGACUGUGAAAGCUCUUGCAAAAGCCAUGCGUAAAGAUAUAGAUCACAUAUAUGAAGCUCUGUUAAACAUGGACGUUGAUUUAGAUGCACUGGAACCAGACUCAGUCUUAAAUGAAGUGUGGAUCAAGCACAUUAUUAAGAAAUCUGGUAUGAAACCUAAAUGGGCCAAGCUAAAAGAGGAUAAAGUCAAAGAAAAUAAAGAUGCUGUAAGGAGGCCUCCUGCAGAUCCAGCUUUAUUAACCCCGAAGCCUCCAGUUGUUACCAUACUGGGCCAUGUUGACCACGGGAAAACAACUCUUCUUGACAGCCUGCGAAAAACUCAGGUGGCCGCAAUGGAGGCAGGAGGCAUCACCCAGCAUAUUGGUGCCUUUCUAGUGCACUUGCCUUCUGGGGAAAAGAUCACUUUUCUUGAUACUCCUGGCCAUGCUGCAUUUUCAGCUAUGAGAGCAAGAGGAACAUAUGUCACUGAUAUCGUAAUAUUGGUAGUAGCAGCAGAAGAUGGAGUAAUGAAGCAGACUGUGGAAUCUAUUCAACAUGCUAAAAAUGCCAAAGUUCCAAUUAUUGUUGCCAUCAACAAAUGUGACAAGCUUCAAGCUGAUCCUGAAAGAGUGAAGAAAAUGCUGCUUGCUCAUGAUGUGGUUUGUGAAGACUAUGGAGGAGAUGUUCAGACUAUCAACAUCUCCGCAUUGAAGGGUGACAACUUGAUGGCUUUGGCAGAAGCAACUGUCACGCUUGCUGAAGUUUUGGAACUGAAGGCAGACUUCACAGGCCUAGUAGAAGGAACCAUCAUAGAGUCUCGAACAGACAAAGGAAAAGGUCCAGUAACCACAGCUAUUAUCCAAAGAGGAACUCUGAGAAAGGGCUGUAUUUUGGUUGCAGGAAAAAGCUGGGCAAAAGUGCGCCUCAUGUUUGAUGAAAAUGGCAAGGCAAUGGAGACUGCCUCCCCGGGCAUGCCAGUGGAGAUUGUAGGAUGGAAGGAUGUUCCUUCAACUGGAGAGGACAUACUCGAAGUGGAGACUGAGCAAAGGGCUCGUGAAGUUAUUGAAUGGAGAGUCUAUGCUGAACAACAGGAGAAAAUAAAGAAAGAUCUAGAGGUCAUAGAAGCAAAACAAAAGGAGCACACAGAGGCCUACAAGAAGGAGCGAGAGGGCUUGACCAACAUGACCUGGAGGGAGAGAAGGAGAGCCUUGUACAGUUCCAAAAGACAUAACUUGUAUUGGCGGCCUAAGGAACGAGUGGAGAGUGACAAAAACAAGUUGCCCAUCAUUAUCAAAGGUGAUGUUGAUGGUUCUGUGGAAGCCAUUUUGAAUAUCCUUGAUACCUAUGAUGCCAAUGAGGAGUGUGAAUUAGAUGUGCUCCAUUUUGGGAUUGGGGAUAUAAGUGAAAAUGACCUGAAACUUGCAGAAACAUUUCAAGGUAUUGUGUAUGGGUUCAAUGUGAAUGCAAGCAAACCUAUUCAGCAGUUGGCCGCUAAAAAGGACAUAAAGAUUAAAAUCCACAAUAUCAUCUACCGACUGAUCGAGGAUUUGCAGGAGGAGCUGAGCUGCACAUUGCCCAGAGCUGUGGAAGAGCAUAUAAUAGGAGAAGCUGCUGUUUUAGCUACAUUUGAAGUCACAGUAGGGAAGAAAAAAGUUCCAGUGGCUGGCUGCAGGGUACAGAAGGGACAACUGGACAGAAAGAUGAAUUUUAAAUUAAUUCGUAAAGGAGACGUUAUUUGGUCAGGCAACUUGUCAUCACUGAAGCACCACCAGGAUGACAUCUCUGUAGUGAAGACUGGCAUGGAUUGUGGACUCAGUUUUGAGAAAAACAUAGAGUUUCAAGUUGGCGACGAGAUUGUUUGCUUCAGUGAAGAGAAGGUUGAACAAAAAAUUUCUUGGGAACCAGGAUUUUGAGUUUUACAGCAGCUGUGAGACACUGGAACUAUGGCUCACUCUUUAAAAAUCAUUGCAUAAUGGAACGUUUUGUGAAGCAAGUUACACUGUAAAAAUUACAGUUGAUCCUGACAUUUUAGAAAUGGUUACUAAGAAAAGAAUUUCCAUUUUUACCACAUUGUGGUGGUUUAGCAGAUUCAGCUGCGGAUGAUGGUAUAGCUGUUUUAGGAGCUACAAAGUGGGACAUAUGAGAACUUCGUUGGAUGCCUGAUUUAUACAUUUGGGGAAAAAACCACAAGAGCUCAGUUCAGGCUGGACCAAAAUAUAAUUUUGCUGAGCA